AUGCAAUCUGAAAGAAACAUUGUUCCACAUCCGCAACGCAAAAUAAUAAAAUAUAAAACUAUAGUCAAACUAAAAGAUUCAAAUUUAAAAACAAAAAGCUUUUACAAAUUUGUUGAGAGUUUAAUAAAGUCCCAGCGAAAUUUAUCAAUUGUUGACGAACUUGAUGAAACAAUUAGAUUAUGUUUUCCUAAAAUCUACAAUACAUAUAAUUUGUUAAAAUUAAAAAUAAACCAUCCUACUGUCGAUAGAGAAAAUUAUAAUAAUGUUUCCAAUGUGGAAAUGAUUGAAUUUCAAGGACGAUCAAAAGAGUGGAAAAAAGUUCUUCCUCGGAGUCCAAGAAGAAAAAGUGAGGUAAUUAGAACAUUGGCCUCAAAAUUUAACGUGAAAGUAAAACUUGGUGAGAAAGUUGGCAGAAAGAAAAAUAAUUUAUCUGAUCAGGAGCAACAAUGGGUCAAAGAAUUUCUUAAUCGUGCUGAUAUCUCUUACACCACCCCAGGAAGAAGGAAUAAUGUAUAUCUCGGUACAUUUAAAAAAGUUAAAAGGUAUGCUCAAAAACGCUAUCUGCUGUGGAAAAUUAGAGAUAUUUUUGAUAUGCUUAAUGGGUCGAAAAUCAUGGAAAACAAUCGAUCUUCAUCUGACACAUUUGAGAGUACCUUUGGCAAAAAACUAACAUUUCGUCAAUUGUACGACGUCUUUAAACAAAACAAGCAAUACAUUUUCAAUAAGAAGAUUCCCCAAUGGUCUUGCCUAUUUGAGAUUUGUGAAAAUGCUGUUUAUCUAGUGAACGGUCUAAAUAAAAAGCUUUUUCCCGAAUGUCGUCUUCCCGCAACCGUCAAUGAGCUUGUGGCGAGAUUUUCGUGUUCCGAUAAAGCCAAUUGCAUGACAGGAAAGUGUGUGGAAUGCUCUUCUACGAAAAUCAGUACAGAUGAUUUUAAUACAGAAUUGCAUUCAGAUGCUGAUUCUUUAUCAUCUAACGACUCAAGUGAUUGCGAAAAUGUUGAAAAAAAAACCAAAGAUUCCGUCCCAUAUUAUGAGUGGGCGCGUUCCAAGGAUAAGAAACUCAAAAAAAUGCUGUUUAAUAAGAGUAUUGCUGACUCACUUUACCUGCUUGAAACUUCAAUAAAAUCAUUAAAGCAGCAUAUUUAUGUCAAACGGGUACAGUUCAACCAUUACAACGACUUAAAAAACAAUCUUGGAAAAAACGACAUUCUUGUCCAUGUUGACUACAGCGAAAGUUACGAAAACAAACAACAAAGAGAGAUCCAAAGCGCCUACUUUGGUCAUACUACGUUCAGCAUUUUCACUGCGUGCUGCUAUCUUCGUGACAAUGAAAACAACCUAGUUUGUGAAUCAGUUACCAUAACUAGUGAGCUACCUGAUCAUUCUAGAGCUGCUGCAAUUACUUGCGUUCUUAAGAUUAUUGAACACAUGCGAGAAAUUCAUCAGCAUUUACCUCUAAAAAUUAAUGCGUUUGUCUGGAGUGAUGGGUGUGCUGCUCAGUUCCGUUCCCGUUUCGUUUUCAAAUUGCUGGCGGGUAUCGAUUCCUCAAUCAAUUUGACGUGGUGUUACAAUGAGCGUCAUCACGGGAAAGGCCCAAUGGACGGGGAUUGGAGGGACUUUGAAAAAUUGCAUUUACAGAGACGUCAUGUCGGGAAAAUGCGUGAUCGAUACACCAAAAGAGUUUGCUCAAUAUGCUGAUAAAUCAAUCAAAGGCAUAAAAUCUUUGUACUUGCCAG